GUUUUGUGUGUUUUACAUUGAGAGAUCUAGAUUUUUCUCUGCAUGUUGUUUUUCUCUCUUUGGUGUUUUAAUGACUUUAAAAGAAGCUCAUUAUCAUCUGAUGUAGUUUGUUGUGUUACUGGUCACAUGCAAGAGAUGUUCAUCAUGAGAGAGCAGGUGGAUGUGAUUCACACUGGAGAACAGCAGAUGCUGCAGACACCAGUGAAGAUUGAAGUGAAGCAGGAGGAGAUAAAAGAAGAAAACACAGCAGAGGAACAACAGAGUGAUGAAGAUGAUGAACAGAAGAUGCUGCAGAAACCAGUGAAGAUUGAAGUGAAGCAGGAGGAGAUACAAGAAGAAAACACAGCAGAGGAACAACAGAGUGAUGAAGAUGAUGAACAGAAGAUGCUGCAGACACCAGUGAAGAUGUGUUCACUGAAGCUGCUGGACUACAGGAACAUGAUGAAGAUGAGAGGAGAAACCACAGCAGAGGAACAACAGAGUGGCGAUGAUGGUGAUGAUGAAACCACAGCAGAGGAAAAACAGAGUGAUGAAGAUGAUAAUGAUUUUAUUCCUUCAGAGCUGAUGGAAGUGAGAGAAGAACAUGAAGAGCUGAAGGAAGUGGAGGAGGAACAGCAUGAUUUCAUAACUGGAGAAAAAUCUUUAAGUGGCUCAAAGACAGAAGACAAUUACUCACCUAAAAAGCCUCGAAGAACAGCCAAGAAAGCUUUCACCUGCUCUCAAUGUGGAAAAUGUUUCACAUGUAAAAGCAAUCUUAAUAAACACAUGAGAGUUCAUACUGGAGAGAAACCUUACACGUGCCAUCAGUGUGGGAAAAGUUUUGCAUAUGCAACCAGUCUCAAGAUUCAUCUCUUUUGUCACUCUGGAGAAAAGUCAUUUGAAUGUGAUAAGUGUGGUAAAACAUUUGUUCUGGCACAGUACCUAAAACAACAUCUGAAAACUCACACAAAUGAAAAGCCUUACAAGUGUUCUUUUUGUGGAAAGAGUUUUACACGCGUGUCCUAUUUGAAACAACAUCAGAAAAUACAUACCGGUGUGGUGGCUCAUAUGUGCAUUGAAUGUGGAAAGACCUUUACUACAGCCAGCAGCUUGAAACUGCACCAAAGAAUUCAUACUGGAGAGAAACCAUACAAGUGCUCACACUGUGAAAAGAGUUUCACUCAGUCAGUAAACCUGAAAACACAUGAGAGAAUUCAUACAGGAGAGAAACCAUACAAGUGCUCACACUGUGAAAAGAGUUUCACUAAGUCAGAACACCUGAAAACACACGAGAGAUUUCAUACUGGAGAAAAACCUUACAAGUGCUCACACUGUGAAAAGAGUUUCACUCAGUCACAAGACCUGAAAACACAUGAGAGAACUCAUACUGGAGAAAAACCAUACAAGUGCUCACACUGUGGAAAGAGUUUCACUCGGUCACAAGACCUGAAAACACACGAGAGAACUCAUACUGGAGAAAAACCAUACAAGUGCUCACACUGUGGAAAGAGAUUCACUCGGUCAGAAAUACUGAAAAAACACAAGAGAAUUCAUACUGGAGAGAAACCUUACAAGUGCUCACACUGUGGAAAGAGUUUCACGCGGUCAGAAACACUGAAAAAACACAAGAGAAUUCAUACUGGAGAGAAACCAUACAAGUGCUCACACUGUGAAAAGAGUUUCACACAGUCACAACACCUGAAAACACAUGCGAGAACUCAUACUGGAGAAAAAAUUUACAAGUGCUCACAUUGUGAAAAGAGUUUUACUCUGUCACAACACCUGAAAACACACGAGAGAAUUCAUACUGGAGAAAAACCAUUCAAGUGCUCAUACUGUGAAAAGAGUUUCACUCGGUCAGAACACCUGAAAACACACGAGAGAAUUCAUACUGGAGAAAAACCAUUCAUGUGCUCAUACUGUGGAAAGAGUUUUACUCGGUCACAAACCCUGAAAACACACAAGAGAAUUCAUACAGGAGAGAAGCCUUACCACUGCUCUCAAUGUGGAAAAUGUUUCACAUGUAAAAGCAUUCUUAAUAAUCACAUGAGAGUUCAUACUGGAGAGAAACCUUACACGUGCCAUCAGUGUGGGAAAUUUUUUGCAUAUGCAACCAGUCUCAAAAGUCAUCUCUUUUGUCACUCUGGAGAAAAGUCAUUUGAAUGUGACAAGUGUGGUAAAACAUUUGUUCUGGCACAGUACCUAAAACAACAUCUGAAAACUCACACAAAUGAGAAGCCUUACAAGUGUUCUUUUUGUGGAAAGAGUUUUACACGCCUGUUCUAUUUGAAAGAGCACCAGAAAAUACAUACCGGUGUGGCGGCUCAUAUGUGCUUUGAAUGUGGGAAGAUCUUUAUUACUGCAAGCAGCUUGAAACGGCACGAAAUAAUUCAUAUUGGAGAAAAACCUUACAAGUGCUCAUACUGUGGAAAGAGUUUCACUCAGUCAUAUCACCUGAAAACACACGAGAGAAUUCAUACUGGAGAAAAACCAUUCAAGUGCUCACACUGUGAAAAGAGUUUCACUCAGUCAGAAAUCCUGAAAACACACGAGAGAAUUCAUACAAGAGAGAAACCAUACAAGUGCUCACACUGUGAAAAGAGUUUCACUCUGUCAGAAAUCCUGAAAAGACACCAGAGAUUUCAUACUGGAGAGAAACCUUACAAGUGCUCACACUGUGGAAAGAGUUUCAUUCAGUCAGAAAUCCUGAAAACACAUGAGAGAAUUCAUACAAGAAAGAAACCAUACAAGUGCUCACACUGUGAAAAGAGUUUUACUCGGUCAGAACACCUGAAAAAACACGAGAGAAUUCAUACUGGAGAGAAACCUUACAAGUGCUCACACUGUGGAAAGAGUUUCACUUGGUCAGAUGGCCUGAAAUCACACCAGAGAAUUCAUACUGGAGAGAAACCAUACAAGUGCUCACACUGUGAAAAGAGUUUCGCUCAGUCAGAACACCUGAAAACACACGAGAGAUUUCAUACUGGAGAUAAACCUUACGACUGCUCAUACUGUGAAAAGAGUUUCACUCGGUCACAAGACCUGAAAACACAUGAGAGAAUUCAUACAGGAGAAAAACCUUACAAGUGCUCACACUGUGGAAAGAGUUUCACUCGGUCAGAACACCUGAAAACACAUGAGAGAAUUCAUACAGGAGAAAAACCUUACAAGUGCUCACACUGUGGAAAGAGUUUCACUCAGUCAGUAAACCUGAAAAGACACGAGAGAACUCAUACUGGAGAAAAACCUUACCACUGCUCUCAGUGUGGAAAGAAUUUCACAAGUAAAAGCUGGCUUAAUAGUCACAUGAAAGCUCACACUGGAGAGAAGCCUUACACAUGCCAACUGUGUGAAAAAUGUUUCACUUCUAAAGGAAACCUUGAUAUACACACAAGAAUUCAUACUGGAGAGAAACCUUACACAUGCAAUCAGUGUGGAAAGAAGUUCACAGAUAAAUAUUAUCUCAAUAUGCACAAAAGUGUUCACACAGGAGAGAGGCUUUACACGUGCCAUCAGUGUGGAAAAGGUUUCAAAUGGGCAGGUACUCUGAAAAAGCAUCUCCACUGUCACUCUGGAGUAAAACCAUUUGAAUGUGAUAAGUGUGGUCAAACAUUUGUUUUGAAUUCAAUCCUAAAACAACAUCUGAAAACUCACACAAAUGAGAAGCCUUACAAGUGUUCAUUUUGUGGAAAGAGCUUUGCACACCUGUACUAUUUUAAAGAACACAAGAGAACUCAUACUGGAGAAAAACCAUACAAGUGCUCACACUGUGGAAAGAGUUUCACACAGUCAGAUAGCCUGAAAACACAUGAGAGAAAUCAUACCAGAGUGAAACCUUACAAGUGCUCACACUGUGAAAAGAGUUUCACUCGGUCAGAACACCUGAAAACACACGAGAGAAUCCAUACUGGAGAGAAACCAUACAAGUGCUCACACUGUGAAAAGAGUUUCACUCGGUCAAAACACCUGAAAACACACGAGAGAAUUCAUACUGGAGAGAAACCUUACCAAUGCUCUUCAUGUGAAAAAAGUUUCAUCUCAGCAAGCCAUCUCAUUAAACACAUGAGAAUUCACACUGGCGAGAAUCCUUACAUGUGCCAUCAGUGUGGGAAAAAUUUUGCAGAUGCAUCCGGCAGCUUGAAACGGCACAAAAUAAUUCAUACUGGAGAGAAACCAUACAAGUGCUCACACUGUGGAAAAAGUUUCACUCUGUCAAAAACCCUGAAAACACACGAGAGAACUCAUACUGGAGAAAAACCUUACAAGUGCUCACACUGUGAAAAGAGUUUCACACAGUCAAAAAGCCUAAAAGCACAUGAGAGAAUUCAUACUGGAGAGAAACCAUACCAAUGCUCACACUGUGAAAAGAGUUUCACUAGGUCAAAACACCUGAAAACACACAAGAGAAAUCAUACUGGAGAGAAUCCAUACAAGUGUUCACACUGUGGAAAGAGUUUCACUGAGUCAUAUAUCCUGAAAACACACGAGAGAAUCCAUACUGGAGAGAAACCAUACAAGUGCUCACACUGUGAAAAGAGUUUCACUGCGUCAAAUGUCCUGAAAAAACACGAGAGAAUCCAUACCGGAGAGAAACCUUACAAGUGCUCACACUGUGAAAAGAGUUUUACACAGUCAAAUAGCCUGAAAACACAUGAGAGAGAUCAUACUGGAGAGAAACCAUACAAGUGCUCACACUGUGAAAAGAGUUUCACUAGGUCACAAAACUUAAAAACACACGAGAGAAUUCAUACUGGAGAGAAACCAUACAAGUGCUCACAGUGUGGAAAGAGUUUCACUUGUUCAAAAAACUUGAAAACACACGAGAGAAUCCAUAUUGGAGAGAAACCUUACCAAUGCUCUUCAUGUGAAAAAAGUUUCAUCUCAGCAAGUACUCUAUAUAAACAUGUAAAAAGAAGUCACAGUUAGAGGUCGAUCGAUAUGGAUUUUUCAAUAGCUGAUGCUAAAAAGCUGGAGAGCAGAUGCAUUUCAGAGAAAAAAAGCUGUGAUGGCAUUCACAGCCAUCGUGGGACUCACCGGUGUAGCUGAUACAGUAGAUGGGACGCACGCUCGUUUCAUUGCACCAACACAGGAUGAAGAAGCGUUCAUCAACUGAAAAAAAAAAUCGAUC